AUGCUUCUCAAGUUAGGCCUAGGAAGGACCAAGUCCACAACCAUUAUGUUGCAGUUAGCCGACCGUUUUGUAGCAAGGACAGAUGGCAUUAUUGAGGAUGUUUUAGUCCAAGUGGGAACUCUAAUCUUCCUCGUAGACUUUGUCAUCUUGGAUUUUGAGCCUGACCCAGAGGUCCCAUUUAUUUUGGGAUGCCCAAUCCUAGCAACCGGUGGUGCAUUGAUUGAUGUAGCAGCUGGUAGACUGGAAAUCAGGGCUCAUGACAAGGUAGAAGUAUUUGAUCUCUACAAGGCAAUGAAGUUACUUAGUCUUGGGACCACUUCCAAGCCAUCAAUUGAGGAAGCACCAAAGUUGGAGUUGAAGGCUCUCCCCUCUCAUCUCAGGUAUGCAUUCUUAGGUGUCAAUGAAUCUUCACCUAUAAUCCUUUCUUCUGCUUUGUCUGAAGUGCAAGUUGAGGCCUCUCUGAAAUUAUUGAGGAAGAGUAAAAAGGCGAUAGGCUAG